AGUUUGGAAAGAUCCGCGCGAUCCUUUCUCGCCGUUGCUUGUUGGCAUUGCUUCACCCAGCAACAGUCUUCCGAUCUGCGAUCGACUUAAUUUGUAUUUGUUGCGUUCUCGUACCAUACUGGUUGCGUGUUGUGGUUGUCUCCAGGACGGUAGCUAGCUAGUACAGAACAGAUCUUUAUAGAAAGGAUGCAAGCAGGAGCUUCGAGACGAAAAUGGGCAGCGGGUGUAGAUAUGUAUCGGCGGGUGCCGACAGAUCUGACCGAAGGCACUCGACAGGGAUCGGUCUUUAGUUAUCUUGCAGUCAUGGUGAUGCUGAUGCUGUUCAUGCUGGAAACAAGGGAUUACAUGCAGAAGCGUGCCGAAGCCUCGGUGUCUCUGGACAAGAGCGAUGAUCCUCGCAUUCGAGUGAAUUUCAACAUCACCAUGAUGGACUUGAAAUGCGAGUAUGCCGUGGUAGAUGUGGUCAGCAGCUUGGGUACCGAACAGAAUGUCAGCACUCAUGUCACAAAAUGGCAUGUCGAUAGCGAAGGGAUCCGACGGCGGUAUCAGGGCAGAAAUAAACACCAAACGGAAAUUGAACUGCACGACGAAUCGGUGACGGCCUCAUUGGACGAACUCUAUGCAAAUGGAGAAGAUGCUGUUAGUUUGGAUGCCGAAACCUUCGAAUUCGCCAAGAGAAAUAAUGAAUACUUGUUUGUCGAUUUCUAUGCCAGUUGGUGUUCCCACUGUCGGCAGUUGGCUCCUACUUGGGAAACACUGGCGGAGGUAAUGACAGAUGUCGCCGAGCACGUUGCGGAGCAAAGUGCCCACGAGUAUUCAGAGGAAGAACUAGAACAUGCCAAAAAGGUCGAAUUGCCAGUCAUGAUUGCCAAAGUCGAUUGCGUAGAGCACAGGGAUUUGUGCCUGGCCGAAGGGCUCAUGGCAUAUCCCACUCUCAGGCUCUUUGUCGAUGGAGAAAGGUGGAGAGCAGGGGACUAUCGUGGGCAUAGAACCGUCGUAGAAAUGGCCGAUUGGUUGCAGCAAAUAGAAGACAAACACAAGGAGGAUCUCGGAGAUGAAAAGAAACGAAAUGUACAACUCGCUCAUCAGCGCGCCAAGGCUCGCCUAGAAGGAGAUGAACGGUCGGACGAGGAAUCCGAGUGGGCUGAAAAAGUGAGGCGAAGGAGGCAACGAAUGCACCACAGUUGGGUCGACUCGGAGCAUCCUGGAUGUCAGCUUGCGGGGCAUUUGCUCUUGGAUCGGGCCCCCGGAAACUUUCACAUUCAAGCCAGGUCUCCCCACCAUGACUUGGUUCCACACAUGACAAACGUUUCGCACCUAGUGCACCAUCUUUCCGUGGGAGAACCCUUUGCCGAACGACUCAUGGAAGACAACUCCAUCAUUCCCAACCAAGUGCGAAACAAGCUGAAACCCAUGAACGGCAAUGUCUACGUCACACACGAACUGCACGAGGCAUACCAUCACUAUCUCAAGAUUGUCACAACAAACGUGGAAGGUUUGAGGAGAGGCAACCGCGUUUUCAAAGCAUACCAGAUCCUUCAAAACAGCCAGCUUUCCUACUACCGCAGCGAUGUGGUCCCGGAAGCAAAGUUCAUGUAUGACCUUUCACCCAUCGCCGUUUCGUAUGAAUGGGAAUCGAGAACAUGGUAUGAUUACAUUACCUCCGUCAUGGCUAUUAUCGGAGGGACGUUCACGGUGGUGGGCAUGCUGGAGUCCACAAUUUCUUCCGUCUCCAAAGUUACCACCAGGAGACGUAUCACACACAAAAUGAACACCAAGUAGCACUGCAUUAAACAAUUCACAUAUCACAAUUUGCUUGGUGGUGGGCAAUAUUGGAUUGGAUUGGAUUGGGUGGAGGGAGAACAGUGAGCAUACCGGUAGGAACGUGGUCUUGGCCUUGUGCAUGACAUCGGCAACAAUGAACUGCGCCAGUACCUGAUACAUUAGCUAGCUAGCUCGCAAUCGUAGAUUUUCUGCCUUUUCCUUCCAUUCGUCCCAACCGUUGAUGCCCGGGGCCCAGAGGUCUGUCUCAGCGGCUGUCGUCUUACGGUUUGCCUCGAAUUCUCUGUCCCAAGCAAUUUCCAAUCAGCAUCAUUCUAAUACGUUCUGACGACCUUCGACUUGCACCUGCAUGCUGCAUGGUAUCAUACUGGUACCUGGCCACACCAUCACGUCUGCAUGUCUGCAUGGUGCACUAAUAUACCGGUACCAGUACCAGCACUUCCAUAGCCCACUCUACUACAUGUAGCUAGUGGUGUACAAGUACAAUUACACUGAUUGCGUGACAAGCCUGGUACCACCCGGAUUGCGAAAUAUAUUUUUUAACAAAAUUGCUUUAUGCUGGUAGUUCAGGUAAACUUAGGGUUAAAUGUUUUACUAGCU